AUGGCAAAUCACGCUUCAAAUAUACAGAUGGCCAAGCAGUUGGCCAACCCCAUUCCCGAAAAACAGCUCGUCAAUGAAGUGGAAAAAACAUACGCACGGCUAGUCAUUGCAGAGAACAAAUGCAUCGAAGUGAUAAAGAACAUCUCACAAAUGCCUAUCACGACCGUCAUCUCGUUGCACCAAACACUCAUCUACGAACAUCACGACUUUUUAUUGCUUCGCAACAUCCAGCGGCCAGUCCAGUCGUGA